AUGGCGAUGUCAAUCGAGAUUGACCCGGAUUACUAUGACCUUGGAUGCGACAACUACGCAGAUACCGACUUUGCUUCUGAAACAACCUCUCUAGCAUCGUGUGUCUACCGGGGAGUGUUCGAGAAUGGACGACGCUAUCAAACUGUGAGGGAGGGUGCAUCAUGGUGUCCAUCUGAUGAGCAACAAUUUGAGAGUUUAGAGGCAGCUCAUCUCCUCUGUAUACUCCUGGAUGCCAACACCGAAAACCCACUCUUCCACGCACCAGUAAAAAACCCCAAGCAAAUCCUAGACAUCGGCACAGGCCGAGGCAACUGGGCCAUCGAUGUAGCCGACAUGUUCCCAGAGGCAACCGUCAGAGGCGUAGACCUCUUCCCCCCACCAGGAGACUGGCUCCCCCCAAACUGCAUAAUGGAAGUCGACGACGUCCUACAACAUUGGACCUGGCGCCAACCCUUCGACCUAAUCCACAUGCGCCAGCUAAUAGGAGCCUUCACACCUGAAGAAUGGGAUGCUCUAUUCAGCCAGUGUUACAAUAUGUCUCCAGACUCCAGCAUGGUCCAGUUUACAGAGGCGGUAUUCCGCGCCGGAAUGGAAUGGAAUCACCCCCUCGACACGCUGGACACGAUGCGCACAGCAAUGGAAAAAGCGGGCUUUGUCGAUAUCCAUGAGAAGGUGUAUAGAUGGCCUGUUGGGCCGUGGGCAAAAGACCCUACGCUUAAAGAAGCGGGGAGAUUGCAUUAUCACCAGUGGACAGCUGGUAUGGAGGGUUGGGGGAUGUAUCUUCUUACUAAGUUUGGGGUUCCGACGCCGUGGACGAAGGAGGAGGUGCAUGUUUUAUUGGCGAGGGUUAGGAAGGAAUUGCAGGAUCCGCAUAUUCAUAUGUGGCAGUAUGCGAGGAGAGUUUGGGGGAGAAAACCCACGGAAGAAGAGUUAAAGGUGAAAAGUGAGGAUGUUACGGGCUCUGGCAUGUAG